CGAUAACACAACAACACAUCUGGUCUGAACACAAUAUUAAAAACAAAACAACAAUUGUAGUUGCAAAAUACAAAACAAUUUUGUAACUUUAACAAAAAAAAGGCAUGCCGAAAGUAGUCUCACGAAGUAUUGUUUGUUCUGACACAAAAGAUCAAGAGGAAUAUAAUGAGGAAAAACCGCUAAACAUUUACUACUGUUUAUGUGGGAAAAUGUCAUUAAUAUUGGAUUGCGCUAUUACUCAAUUGCCUUUGCGCGAAGUGGAUAAUGCGCGAGUUAUUGAUACCAAUGACCACGCCAACAAAUUGACAUUCAACCCAGCACCGCAAAUAAUUUAUAUUCGUCGCAAAGAGAAAGGAAUUGAGAAACAAUAUCGCUAUAAAUGUCGUAGCUGCAAUCUACCAUUAUACUAUCGACAUAACAAUGACUCCCAAAUUACUUUCGUAAUGAGCAAUGCACUUGUGCGCAAUAAAGGCGAACAUCCCUUGGCCCAGCUUCUGGCUGCUGAAACAAAGAGUAACCCCACAACAACUACAGUUGUUGCUCCAAGUGGAGUGGCAAACGCGACAGCGACUGCAAAUGUCGAUGAUUCGGGCAUAGUGGAUGCCAGCGGCAAGAAGGUUAUGGUGACCCGUCAUACAAAAAAUAUGGGCAAGUUUAGUUCUGUUACUGUGUCCACUAUAGAUGAGGAAGAAGACGAAAUUGAGGCGCGAGAAAUUGCUGACAGUUACGCGAAUAAUGCUCGAAUUAUUGAGAAACAGCUUCAGCGCAAAGGGGGCAAGCUGACAGAUCUAGGUGCUAAUUUUAAACCGGAUAUUGCUCAGCCCCCCCAGAAAAAGCAACGGGGCACCUUACUGGAAAGAUAACUUUAUUUGCUCAUAUUUAUUGCAACAACAACUUAAUAAAUAAUAAAUUUAAAAAAACACACGCGAGGGCUGU